AUGGGUCAAGAGAAGAAAACCAUGUGGAGAGUGACAGUUUGGUUGACCUUGAUUUGGGCUCUGAGCAUUCUGUAUGGUGAGAUGUUUGCAUUCUGGGUUCCUCCUCUUUUGACUUGUUCUUGGCCGCAUCAGGUGAAUGAGCUUGACUCGUCAGAGCUGAAUGGAGAUUUUGUAAAGAUAGCCAUUAUUGCUGAUCCUCAGAUCAUGGAUAGAACCUCCCAUCAUCUUCCCUCCUUGGUUCUCGAGAUCGCUGAAUUCUAUUCAGAUUUGUUCAUGCGCAGGGCGUUCUUAUCAUCAAUCUUAUCUUUCAAGCCUGAUGCCAUUCUCUUUCUGGGCGAUUACAUGGAUGGAGGCCCUUAUUUGUCCGAUGAUGAAUGGCAGGAAUCCUUGAGCCGCUUUAAACACAUUUUCAAUCUCAACAUGCUUCAGCAAAAUACAAAUACCAAAGUGUAUUUCCUCUCUGGAAACCAUGAUGUCGGCUAUGCUGCUGUUCUUUCCAAGAUGCCUGAGGUGACAAGGCGUUAUGAGAAAGAGUUUGGAGCCCGAAACUACAGAUUUAAACUCGGACAAGUUGAUUUUGUCACCAUUGACUCACAAACUUUAGAUGGGAAUGCACAGGAAGAUGUGACCGCUACCACUUGGAAAUUCAUCUCAAACGUUUCUGAGGAUCCUAGCUCAACUUCAAGGGUUCUGUUGACUCAUAUACCAUUGUACCGGCCAAAUGAGACUUCUUGUGGUCCAUAUCGUGCAUCAUCCAUCAUCAAUCAGAGGAUUACGCGUUCCCCUGGUGAUCAACAAAUCUUGUACCAAAAUUAUGUUACAGAGAAAUCCUCAAAUAAUGUACUCAACUCAAUUAGGCCAGCACUAAUUCUUUCAGGGCAUGAUCAUGAUCAAUGCACCGUUACCCACAUGGCUAAACAUGGUCCCGUGAAGGAGCAUACUGUAGGCACCGUAAGCUGGCAACAAGGGAACCUGUUUCCCUCUUUUAUGCUGUUAUCUGUUAGUAAUCGUAGCUUUCCCGAAGGAAUUGCUCCUGAAGAUGUUAUAUCCACUAAGCUAUGCUUUCUUCCAUUUCAAACGUUCAUUUACAUAUGGUAUCUGAUCCUGUUUGUAAUUACCCUUAUUGCCGCUCUCUUCUGGCAAGCAACAGAUGGCUUCAUAUCUCAUAUUUUUGGCAAUUUUAGAGAAUGUAUCAGAAGCCUAUUAAGUUUAACUGUAUUUGGAGGGAUAGAAAAAGAGAAGAAUGAAGAUGAGAACUGUGAAUAUGAGAUCCUGUGGGAUGCUGAUGGAUCGAUACACAUGAUGAAGAAAGCAUCAAAAGCUCCUCCCAAGAGUGCAACUGACAGGGCUUCUGCAGAACGGGGUAAUGCUGUGAUGCGAGCGACUGCUAAAAGACCGAGUGGACAGGAAGCUGAUGGCUUAGCAAUGACUGGUGAUGUCAGUGUGAAUGUGGGUUUGUUGGAGACAACAAUGACACCAGCACGAGCGAAAAAAUCAAAGUGGACAUCUGUAGUUAGGAGAUUGUUGUGCGCUUUUCGCAUUGUCGCGUUAGUUGCUGUGGUCAAUGUCCCUCUUUACAUGAUGCUGUUGUUCAAAGAUUGGAUUGACAAGUGA